AGAUUAUAUAAAAGGGGGCAGAGAGUUUUGUUGUUCAUUACAGAAGAAGUAGCUCAGUGGAAGUUACACUCAUUCCAAUCCAGAAUGUUCUUUGCUGCAAUUACCCAUCUAUGUGUGCUAUUCACAGCGAUCAACGCUGCUUCACUCUCUCCAAGGAUGUGCUCUGUUCCUGAUGAUCAGAAGUCAUUGGUCACAGGACUCCAGACACAGCUGGUGAAUUCAAUCAUCCUGCAAACCUCACCAGAUCCCAGUGUCGUGGUUGCUUUGAAUCUGGCUGAGGCUCUAGAUCUCUGCAUGAAAACACAGCUGGUUGAGAAGAUAAAGGAAACAGUUGUUGAGAAAAACACAGAAGAGAUGACUUCUGGCAAAGUGGCUCUUUAUGUUCUAGCUCUCCGGUCAUCCUGUGAGAAUCCUGAAGAUGUCACUACACCACUAAAUACUGUGAACCUGGUCAAUGUCCUAGAGGAAAAAACUAAAGAAGAGAUUAACUAUUUCUAUGACUAUGGGACUCUCAAGACCACCUACUACCAGCUGGCCCUGGACACCCUGGCCCUGUGUGUGGAGAAAAGCCUAGAUGUUGAGGAUGCCAGCAUCAUCCUUGCCAAGGCAGCGCUGGCUAAUGACCUGGAGUUUGGGGGUCAUUUCUCUGUAGAUACUGGGGCAGUAGCAAGCUUGGCACUGACAUGUGUGAGUGAAAUGAGCAAGAUACAGCAAAGUGAGCUUGUGAAAGUUAUUGAAGAGGCACUGGCUAAAAUGACAAAGCAAAUGCUGGGUGAACAACAGAACAAUGGCAUCAUUGGAAAUAUCUACAGCACUGGCCUAGCAAUGCAGGCACUUAGUGUUACUUCUGAGUUUUACAACUCUGGGGCAUGGAGCUGUGUGAAAACUACAGAGAACGUACUACAUGAGAUCUCCCUGGGAGCCUUUAAUAACCCUGCUGCUGCUGCUCAAAUCCUGCCUUCUCUAAUGGGUAAAACUUAUCUGGAUGUGAGGGACCCAACCUGUUCCUCAGGAAGUGGUUCCAGAAUCACAGUACAAUACACCAUAACCAAUGGCAUUGUAGGACCCAAUUUCAGCUAUUCCAUCACUGUGAAUGUACCAGAGGGCUCAGUGCUGCUCACUGUCUUGAAUGCAGCUCAAUGUGCUAAACCGAAUGAAUUCAGCUUUCACACAGAGCAGACCUCAUGGGGGCCAUUUGUUGUUUCUAUUAAUAACGUCCAAGGCAGCACCAAUGAGAAGACUUACUGGCAAUUUUUAAGUGGUAAAACACCCCUUGAUCAAGGAGUUGGCAACUAUAAACCAGUGAACGGUGAGCACAUUGUGGCUAUCUUCAGCCGAUACUGAGUGGGCAGCUUUCUGAGGCAGGACAACAAAGGUUCGAAAAUACAUGUGCCACAAGAUAGCCUCCCUCCAAGCUAAGCAUUAACAGAUGUUGCAGCGUAG